AUGAAAAGGAAGAGUCCCACCAGCGCCAUGGAGACCCUCACCCUCGAGCACCUCCCCGUCGACUACGCCGUCCACCUCGCUCUCUUCAAGAACGUCAAGAACGCCGCCUUCCUCCACGCCCAGCUCCUCGCGCGCAACCCCGAGUUUGAGUACGCAUUUAUCGACGCGUCCAUCGUCGUCUCGCGGAGGCAGGUCCUCGCCGUGGCUCACAAGUCCAUCAACGCCCUCCUCAACGACAGCCUGCGCACGCCCAACGUGCACUCCGAGAUUGUCGUGAACCUAAACCCUCCACCAAUGCAAAUCACAGAGUCUUAUCGCCGCUUCGGACUCAACCCACCAACCAAAGACGUUCUAGUCCUCAAGGUAACCCACCCUAAAGCGCCAGUCCAGCUCUCCGCCUCCGAUGUAUGGGAGCACCUGUCAACUCACGUCGACGGAGAGUCCGUCCCGGCGACGGACGAAAACAUCGCCUCCGUCACAGACUGGACCAAAGUGAGAAAGUACUACAAGCUGAACGGGAUCGGCUGGCUAGACAAGAUGCCCGAACCCGAGAAAAAGGCGGAAGCCGAGGUGCUGGUGUUGGGCAGCAUUGCGCUGCGGGGUGUGUAA